AGGAAAGAACAGGAGCUGCGUGCUUGAAACACUGCAGCCCUGCCUGUAUGCAUUAACAUCUCUAAAGUAACGUGUGACACGCAUACAAAUACCAAAUAAGCGAGAGAGAGAGAGAGAGAGAGAGAGAGAGAGAGAGAGAGAGAGAGAGAGAGAGAGAGAGAGAGAGAGAGAGAGAGAGAGAGAGAGAGAGGGUCGCUGGAUAUACAGUAUUGUGAUUCUCCACUGGGAUUUACAAAUGCACACAGUCUGAGGUGACUGAGCAGAGAGGGGGGUUCUGUUUUGUCUGUACACCUUCACCUGGCGUUGAGUCGUCCGGGACUGAUCUUCAAAACAGAACACCGAUAAAUAUAUAGAAUUAUUAUACAGAACAAACCAUAGAGCGAAAGCAAACACCAUGAACAGGAAAACUCGACGCUGGAUUUUUCAUAUUUUUCUCUGCCUCGGGAUUGUGUAUCUCAAAAUAGGGGGCUUUUCCUCCGUUGUAGCAUUGGGAGCGAGUAUAAUCUGUAACAAGAUUCCAGGUUUGGCCCCGAGACAGCGGGCGAUCUGUCAGAGCCGACCCGAUGCUAUCAUUGUGAUCGGAGAAGGAGCCCAAAUGGGAAUCAACGAAUGCCAGUUUCAAUUCAAAAGUGGACGCUGGAACUGCUCAGCUCUAGGGGAGAGGACUGUCUUUGGAAAAGAGUUGAAAGUGGGGAGUAAAGAAGCAGCUUUCACCUAUGCCAUCAUUGCUGCUGGUGUUGCUCAUGCCAUCACAGCUGCCUGCACCCAAGGGAACCUGAGCAACUGUGGCUGUGACCAAAAAAAGCAAGGAUUUUACACCCAACAGGAAGGCUGGAAAUGGGGAGGCUGUUCUGCCGACAUCCGCUACGGCCUGGAUUUCUCCAAGGUGUUUGUCGACGCCAGGGAGAUCAAACAGAACGCAAGGACACUCAUGAACUUACACAACAACGAGGCAGGACGCAAGAUGCUUGAAGAGAACAUGAGAUUAGAAUGCAAAUGCCAUGGAGUGUCUGGAUCGUGCACCACUAAAACCUGCUGGACGACACUGCCCAAGUUCAGGGAGCUGGGUUACAUUCUCAAGGAGAAGUAUAACAAGGCAGUGCAGGUGGAGCCCGUGAGGGCAACCCGCAACAAGCGCCCCACCUUCCUCAAGAUAAAGAAGCACCCCUCUUUUCUCAAGCCCAUGGAUACAGACUUGGUGUACCUAGAGAGAUCGCCCAACUACUGUGAAGAGGACCCAUUGUCGGGCAGUGUGGGGACGCAGGGGCGAAUCUGUAACAAGACGGCACAGCAGACCAGUAGCUGUGACUUGAUGUGCUGUGGCCGAGGCUACAACACACACCAGUACUCUAGAGUGUGGCAGUGCAACUGCAAGUUCCUCUGGUGCUGCUAUGUUAAAUGCAACACCUGCAGUGAAAGAACAGAAGUUUACACUUGUAAAUGAAAACAACAAAUAUUUAUGCCUUUUUGUAAUUUUCUUUUUUUAAAGGGGUUCUUUCGCCCUGGAGAAAAAAAAAAAAAAUACAUUUGCACAUGCUCUCAACCUGUGAUCUACAAACUCUGCAACAAAGUCCUUGCUGUCUAGUACAGUGCAAAGCUACUAGUGGUCCCCGUCACAAGUCUUGAAUUGCAAGAUUUAUGUGAAGUUGCAAAGAUGAUGUAUAUUCGAGAACCACAAGAGGGAAGACCACAGUCAUACGCUAGCCUGGGACUCUAAGGCAGAUGUUUUAGAUAGAACACAAAGUCCUGUCGAUCACGUGAAGAGAAUGGCACUUAGGUCUUGCUGAAUUUUGAGGAUUUAGUGGCGUACUGCAUGGGUGUCCUGAUUAAAAACCUUGAAUGUGGACCUCACAGGGAACAGCUUCAGAAGACUGCUUUCAUUGUGGAUUAUGCAAAUUUAAGUGUCUGCUUGUUUGGCCUGGAUCUCACACGGACUAGAUACAGAAAGCAUGUUUUUCCAGAGAUUAAGGGUUACCAGCUUCUUUUACUGUGUAGCUCUUACUAGCACCUAGUUUGUGGAUGGACCUUUGAGCAUAAUGAUUCAAACAAACAGUAAUGGUAAUAUUUAACAAUUUA